AUGGACCAAAUGGUGGACCGUCAGAUCUGUGACGGACUACCAGAUUGGCCAUCAAUCUUAUCGAGAACAUUGCCUCCUGAAAGAUUCAACGACAAACCAAAUAGUGGACUGACAUUCUUAUCCAAAAUAGUGCCUCCUGAAAGACACAGUGAUGGACCAAAUGGUGGACCUGGUGGUGUUGGUGGUCUUGGUAGUUGUAUUGGUGACGUUGGUGGUGGUAGUAUUAUUGGUAGACUCGGUGGCAUUGGUGGUGGUCUUGGUAGUUUCGAUGGCACUGGUGGUUGUGUUGGUGGUUUUAGUGGUGGUAUUGGUGGCAUUGGUGGUGGUGUUGGUGCUCUCAGUGGCAUUAUUGGUUAUCUUGGUGGUCUUACUAGUGGUGUUGGUGGUCUUAGUGGUGGUGUUGGUGGUCUUAGUGGUGGUAUUAUUAGCGUUGGUGGUAGUAGUGGUGGUCUCAGUGGAAUUGGUGCUGGUAUUGGUGGUCCAUUUAUUGCAACAGGUGGUGGAGAAGGGUAUGUAGAGGCUUGUCAGGAAAAUAAAAGUGUGGAGGAACAAGAAGAAGAUAAACAAGAAGAGGAGGAUGUAGAAAAUAGGAAAGAUGAUGAUGAUUAA